AUGCCGCGAAUGCGCAGCGCGGCGCUGGGUGCGCCAGCAGACCGCGGCGACGGCUCGCCGCCCUGCGUGUUCAAAAAGUACCGGUUCACGUCGGAGCCGCCGCCCGAGACGGUCUACGAUUUUGGGCUCGUGCCGCUCUGCAAGGGCGACCUCUCCGAGUCGGUGCUGCUGCGGCCCUGCUCGCGGCGGCAGUGGUUUGUCUGCCUCAAGGAGCUCGAGUCGCUGGCGCGCGAGUCGCUGGUGCGGCGCGCGGCGCGCAACGGGCUGCCGACGCCCUCCGGCCUGCCGCUCGUCUACAUCGCCGACCGGAUGGACAUCGACGACCCGUUAUGGGGAUACCAGAACUCGGGCAUGGCGGCGGCGCGCGUCGCCAACGCGCUCGUCGGCGUGCCCGACCCGGCCCUCGAGACGCUGCCCGAGGACGAGACCGCGCGGCUUGGGGCCAAGCCGCCGGAGCUGGUGGCGUGGAACGCGUCGCGCUUCCCCGGCUUCAACGCAAACUCGCGGCUCCUCGCCGGCUCGCAGGUCUUCGUCCGCAACCCCAACCAGCCGGAUAAGGUUGAGGUGCGGCGCAAGGGCGAGACGGUGCGGCAGGUCGCCGCCCGGAUCGGGGUCGACGUCGACGACUUGCUCAAGCUCAACGUGCAGGCGCACCCGGCCCUCUCGGCGGCCACGAAGCUGCCGCCGGGCAGCGAGCUCACCUUCCGCGACCGCUCCGCCGAGCCCGACGUCUUUUUGCCGACGGGCGCGCGCGAGAGCCCGCCCGCCGGCUGGCCCGGCCAGAGGAGCCCCUUCUCGGAGCCUUCUCGGAGCCUUCUCCGAGCCUUCCGUCUAGGCGCGAGCUCGCGGCAGCUCGACGUGGACGGGUCGCUCGCGCGCGAGCUGCAGACGCAGGAGCGGUACGGCGACCCCACCACCACGGGCGUCAUCUGGCCGCGGGUGGUCGAGAUCGGGCUGCUCGCGGGGCUCGGGUGCGGCAAGGAGCUGGCCGCGUCGGGCCGCUUCGACUUUGUGGUGCUGCAGGCGACGAUGGCGUCCGUCUCCUUUUACGAGGAGAUGGGCUUCGUGCGCGUCGGCGCCGUCGCGCGGUACGCGUCCGAGGGCACGCCGCUCGACGCGCUGCCGCUGCAGGGGUACCGGCACUGGGCGUCGGCGGACGAGUCGCAGCUGGAGCAGUUUGGCGACAUCUCGUACAUGAUGGCGCUCAAGCUUCUCGGAACCUGCUCGGAACCUUCUCGGAACCCUCUAGGCGACAUCUCGUACAUGAUGGCGCUCAAGCUCUCCGACCUGAAGAAGGACCCCGCCUCCAAGGGCCUCUCCAAGCGGCUGGUCGCCGAGUGGCCUGAGGUCAACGCGGCGGGCAUCGAGGGCGGCUCUGCCAUCAAGGUUGGCGACUUGGCGCUCAACAUGGCCGAGGGGGACGACGCGCGGCUGCAGCUCUGCUAUGAGCCGGAGCGGAUCAUGGAGCAGCGGCUCGGCGAGAUCGAGCCGAGAUCUAGCGGAGCAGCGUCGCGCGCGUCACUCGCAGCAGCCUCCCGCGAGACGGGCGAGGUGCAGUACCUGAUCAAAUGGAAGCACUGCCCGCCGGAGAGCAACACGUGGGAGUACGCGGGCGCGGAGCUCCUCAAGUCAGAGGCGGCCAAGGCGGCGCUCGCGCGCUUCCGUAAGCACGUGCGCAAGGACGCGCUCCCGUCG